UGCGUGUAUUUCUUGACGAAGCAAAGAAUGGAGCCAUUAUAAUAUCGCUCGGAACAAAUGUGAAUUGGAAAUCUUUCGAACAAAACAAGAUUAAAGCUGUUAUAAUGGCUUUAUCAAAAUUGGAGCAACGAGUGCUAUGGAAGUUGGAUAUUGAAGAAAUACCAUUUAAAAUACCGGACAAUAUAAUGAUUACGAAAUGGAUAUCUCAAAGAGAAAUUCUAUCUCAUAAGAAUGUAAAAGCAAUUUGGUUGCAUGGUGGACUUCUCAGCACGCAAGAAGCUAUUUGGGUUGGUGUACCAACGAUCAUUACGCCUUUUUUUCUGGAUCAAAAAUCUAAUGCGGAAAUAUUAGUAGCUAAAGGUGUUGGUAUACGUUUAGAUUUUAAAACUUUAUCCACGCAGUCUUUGUUACACGCGAUGGAAGAAGUACUUUACAACAAAAGGUAUACAUAUUUUUAUUAUUAUUUUAAUUAUUAUUAUUUAAAUAUAAUGUGGGGGCCGUGGCACACAUGGUAGUGUGCCUGCUUUCCGUGUAGGAGAUCCGAGUUCAAAACCAUCUAAAACUCAAGUAAAUAAAUAAAAAUAAAUAAAAUAAAAAUCGG